AUGGCUGACUCAUUUUGUUCUUCAAUAUCAGAGAUAGUCACUCAACGUAUAAUUCAAAGCUCAGGUUUCGAGUCAGCAACAAAUCAGUCUAUUCAUGUAUUGAGCGAUGUGCUUAGACAAUACCUGGAACUUUUAGGAUCUUAUGUCUCGGCUUAUGCGAAUUUAAAUGGAAGAACCAUCGGGAACGCGUGGGAUUUGAUCGAUGCUAUGGAAGAUCUAUAUAUCACACCCGACAGCUUAAGAGAGUGGCUUGACAAAGAAGGCAAGCAACUUUCGCCUUGCUGGGCUGCUCAGUCAGAUCCAAGCCGAUUAUUGGAAGGAACUGUUAGAAAGGGUAGACAUAACUUUGAAGAUAUUAUCGAAUACAACUUUCAAUCGAUUCCAGAGUUUGAACUAUGCCCAGAGUCACCGCCUAUAGAAGAACCGCUUUCACCUACACCGACUUACUCUACAACAUUACCACAAUAUAUCCCUCCUUUCCUUCCGGCAUUUCCAGAGAUAAAAGAAGAUGGUGUCGUGGAGGAAGAAAAUGGUCCAGCCAUCGAUAAAUCUUUGAAAGAAAAGGCAAUUCAGUCCAUGAUACCCCAAGUGAAGGCAGCGUCUGUCGAGUCACUGCCACCUCCAUUGAUUGUUAAAAACAAAAAGAAACCUGUGGACAAUCCAUUUACACACAUUGUACCCUUUGAGGAGUCGAUUUUAGCAGCUGAAGCAAAUAUUUCACAGCAGCCGCUUUCUCUCGCCAUUGAGCCUGCCGACCUUUCGAUCAAGGAAGUGAGUACGCCUGAGAAGGAGCCACCUAGAAAGAAGGCACGUUUACCUGCACUGAAAGGACUAUCAAAUACAAAUAGCACAGCUUUGAAGCUGGGUGAAGGCAUUGUCGGUCAUGACGAGCUCUUUAGAAUACAGACAGAGAAUGAAGCAGCACCUGGAAACCAUAUGUUUGAUAGAGAUAUUGGCGUCUUUGAGGAAAUUGUCAGAAGUGUGACAGAUCCGUUAUUACUGCCUAGAUUAACAACACCCAAUUUACUCAUUGAUGUGGCUACUACGGGUACCACAUCCGUUCCUGCUACGCCUACAACACAACAUACGAUGAAUGAUCAACAUUCAGUACCAUCAUCUCCACAAUCAUCAGCAUCUAACGAUAUCACUAGACCAAACAAAGCAUCCAUGUUGGCUGCCUUAGCAUCUAGUAAAGCAGGCUUGAAGAGAUUAGGACGACCUUUAUCACCAAUGUCACUUUCAGAAUUUGCAAAUGCAAAAGCAAGUACAGGAAGUGUGGAUAUUAAUAAUAUGCAAAAGACUGGUGACAGUAAAUACAUUAUAAAGAAAAAGAAGAUGCUACUACAACAGCAACUGUUACAGCAGCAACAGCAAUUACUUUUACAGCAACAACAACAACAGCAGCAGCAGCAGCAGCAAGGGCAACAAGGACAAAAUCAGCAAAUUCAACUAAUGCAACCAUCACCCUCAGAUUCUCAAGUACCUCAGCAGGAUACUCAACAGAAUAUGGAGGAGAUAAAAGAAAUAAAUGUGUGA